GAAUUACAAAUCCAAGAUAGUAGUUUAAGUUUAGAAAGUAUUGAUUCUCAAUUGCUCGGUCCGGGCUUCCGUUGUGGUUUUUUAGGUUUAUUACAUCGGGAAAUUAUUGGUGAAAGAUUAAAAAAAGAAUAUAAUUGUGAAAUUAUUACUACUCCGCCCAGUAUUACCUACCGCGUAAAUUAUUCUAAUGACGAAAGUUUAGAAGCUAAUAAUCCGCAAAAAAUAUCCACCAAGGACAAAAUAAAAACUAUUGAGGAAUUAUUUAUUUCUUUAAGUAUUACCACGCCUGAGGAAUAUUUGGGAGCCAUUACCCAAUUAUGCCAAAACAAACGCGAGUUUAUUUUAGAUUUUCAUGAUAAAAUAAAAUCUAUUUCCCAUGGCUAUGCUUCUUUUGAUUACCAAAUAAUUGUUCAUCGGAGUUUUGCUUAUGAGCGAGCCAAAACAACCUGUGAACAAUUAAAAUUAACUCUUAACCAGCAAAAUUUUACUGUUCCUAUUCAGGCUACCAUUGGUAAUCAAGUAAUUGCUCGAGAAACUUUACCGGCCCUUAAAAAGCAUCAAAAAAAAGGCAAAGCUCGCAUGAAAGAAAUGGGAAAAGUUAGUUUUGGGGCCGACAAAAUCGACAAAGCAGUAGAUGAUGAAACUGGUGCUUCGGCAACAGGUAUUACUGGUUUAGGUUGGCUUGAAGAGGGAUGCUGUGAUACAGCCCAAGGCAAAGCCUUAAAAGGAGCUAUGGACGGCAUGAAAACCGAGUUAGAAG